AUGUCGAAGCGACCGAAUAUCCUGGACCUGAGGUUAAACUCCUCACAGUCAGUCAACUCCGCCUCUUCGCGAGGCUUGCGAUCACCGCGCAUGCAUAUAGCUGGCGAAGCACCCCCUGAGCUGUCUCCCCUCGAUGCCUUUGCUUUGCAGAGUCGCCUGUUGGCGAAGCAACUCCAGGAGGGCUCUAGGGAAAGGAGGAUGAGCCGAUUGCCUCCAUUGACUGUAGAAAGUCCGCUUAUCGUCCAGGGUCGUUCCGACUACUUUCGAUCCAUGUCCCAGGAGGAAGAGGAGGAAGAAGAAAGAAGGAUGCAGUUUGGACAGCCAAGCCCUGGCCUGGGCUUGAGGACAGAGACCGAGGAGCCAUUCGAUGAACACGAUAGACCAAUGUCGAUGCACCCAAGGAUGAGUCGAAUUCCGUCAGUUUCUGAAGAGUCGUCGUCGAAACCAGCGAUUCCACCUCGCGACCCAGGUCGCGGUCGGUUAAGGCUCAUUGAGGAGGAUUCUACAUUCUUCGGUGGAAGGACCGAACGUUCACCAUCCCCAUUGACAGAAACGCGAUCGCAGCCCGAGAAGAGAACAGAAAGUUCUUCACCAACGCGUAGAGAUCAUUCGUUGCCUCUCCCAUCUACAACACACAACACUCCUCGCCCCGAAACGCCUGAACAGCCAAACCCACGGUCGUUGGAUGACCUGGGCUUAGCACCGCCUGCUACAAGGAGUGGCCUUCCGCCCCGCAAGUCGAGCACCGUAUCCUCCCAGCUCAGCAUACACGAUGAAGAGCCACCCGCUCAGCUUUCAAAUGCCGCUCAAGCUUUACGCCACCGCAAGAUGUCAUCAGGUGGCGGUACCUUUUCUAACAUGUCGCCUGUGAUUGGUCGUCCUGGGAGAUCACCAUCUGCCGGCUCCGACUCUUCGGCUUUGCCUAGACCAUCAUUCAACUUCUCUAGGCCCAUGAGCAGGCCAGGGACGCCAAACUUUGAACCUCCUUCAAGGCUCGGUACGCCAUCUCGACAAGCCUCUUCGGAUAGCCAGCCCUCAUUUAUUCUGGCCGAUGAUUCAGCACACACCCCGGUCAGCAUGUAUAGUGAGAGCUUCCAAGAUCAGGCUGUCGAUGAUCUCGCACGGGGCGCACCUUCAUAUAUAUACUCCAAGUUCACAUUACCCAGAGGUAAGGAAAUACAGCGGUCUGAGCCUUCGGAGACAACCGCACCGGCAUCUUUUCAAUGGGAUCAGCCACCGAUCCCUGGUAGCAACCUUCCAACAGGAGCACCUCCUUCCCCACCAACUCGACCCUCGACUUCUUCUGUCAGGCCUGCUCCUGAGGACAACAACUUCCUGAACACUCAGCCAAGACCAUCUACAGAGGCAGGCAAACGUAGUAUAGAGAGCUCGUUGACCCCAACGCUGCCACCACUCAGCCGCGAAACGUCUGCUCCCAUGUUCGCCACGCGGCUAUCUACAGAUGUGGCGCCCAGAGGGCGUUCUCGCUCAACUCCAGCAGAGGAGUCUGGCCAAUCGAAACCUUCAAUUACCAGGACUCCAACUUCUGCUACUACAAGCGACUCGGCCAGCACUAUCCGUCCACCAACUACAGCCCGCUCUGCCGCACCUUCAGCAUCUGAGAUGACAGUGGAGGAACAUCUCGCCAAGGGUAUCGAAUGCCACGAGAACGGGUCCCUGAAGGAGUCAACAUACCAUCUGAGAUAUGCUGCUCGUCAUAACAACCCCACCGCUAUGCUUCUCUAUGCACUGGCUUGCCGACAUGGAUGGGGGAUGCGUGAAAAUCAGAAGGAAGGUGUCGAAUGGCUGAGAAAGGCUGCCGAGUAUGCUAGUAUUGAGAUCGCAGAUGACGAGGGCCACGUAAAAGAAGGAAAGCAUGUUGAUUAUAUUGAGAGACGAACCCGGAAAGCCCAGUUUGCACUAAGCAUUUACGAGCUUGGCGUUAGCCACAUGAAUGGCUGGGGGAUUGAGCAGGACAAGUCUCUUGCACUGAGGUGCUUUGAGAUCGCUGGUAACUGGGGUGACGUUGAUGCACUUUUGGAAGCAGGAUUCUGUUAUGCAAAGGGUGUUGGAUGCAAGAAGAACCUGAAAACCAGUGCUCGCUUUUACCGUAUGGCCGAAGCUAAAGGAAUGAGCAUGGUUGGUAACAGUUGGAUUCACAAGUCCAAGUAUAUGGAUGAACCUGAAGAAACAACCACCACCAAGGAAUCUCCCAUGAAGGAAAAGCGAAAGGCUCGAAGCAAGUCCCGCACCAGGGCUAUGUUUGGACUCAAGUCCUAA